GUCUUAGAGGAAAUCCAGCAACCGAGUUCUUCCUGACUUUUGCCUUGCUGGCUGCUGUACUGGGUACAGUAUCAAAAUUUGCUGGAGGCACCCACCUGAGGUUGUGGAGAAAUGAUAGUCUAGCUGCAGCAGGAUCAUUAUCUGAUGGAACAUUUUCGAAAUACUCUAAGAUGAAGACACGUGUUUUCGGUGUUAUUAAUUCUUAUUACUGA